GGCUUUAUUGUUGUAUCAGCUGAGUCAUCAUGUCCGCUCUGACGCCUCAAAGCGAUACGCCGACUCCCACCACAGACAAGAUCACCCAAGCUGCCAUGGAAACCAUCUAUUUGUGCAAAUUCCGGGUGUCGAUGGAUGGAGAAUGGCUCUGUUUGAGAGAACUGGAUGACAUCUCUCUUACGCCUGACCCCGAACCGAGCCAAGAAGACUCUUGGGAGGAUUUGACAGAUUUGGUGGAGCAAUUGCGCGAUGAUACAGAAGAUCCCAACUAUGUCAUGGCCAAUGAACGCAUGAAUCUGAUGAAUAUGGCGAAGCUAAGCAUAAAGGGCUUAAUAGAAUCUGCUCUAAAUCUUGGGAGAACCUUGGACUCCGACUAUGCACCUCUUCAGCAGUUUUUUGUAGUCAUGGAGCACUGCCUUAAACAUGGCUUAAAAGCCAAGAAGACUUUUCUGGGCCAAAAUAAGUCAUUUUGGGGACCUCUGGAACUGGUAGAGAAAUUUGUUCCGGAAGCUGGAGAAAUCACAGCAAGCGUUAAAGAUUUGCCAGGGCUAAAGACUCCCGUGGGAAGGGGUAGAGCCUGGCUGCGCCUGGCAUUGAUGCAGAAGAAACUUUCAGAGUACAUGAAAGCUUUGAUAAACAGAAGGGAAAUUCUCAGUGAAUUUUACGAAGCGAACGCUCUCAUGAUGGAGGAAGAGGGGGCUAUAAUCGCUGGACUUUUAGUGGGCCUCAAUGUCAUUGAUGCUAAUUUUUGCAUGAAGGGAGAAGACUUGGAUUCUCAGGUUGGCGUUAUUGAUUUUUCAAUGUAUUUGAAGGAUGGCAGCAGCAGUAAAGGCAGUGAAGGUGAUGGACAAAUUACUGCAAUUCUGGAUCAGAAAAAUUACGUAGAAGAGCUCAAUAGACAUUUAAGUGCUACAGUCAACAACUUGCAGGCAAAGGUUGAUGCUUUGGAAAAAUCCAACACUAAACUUACUGAGGAGCUUGCCGUCGCAAACAACAGAAUUAUAACACUGCAAGAAGAAAUGGAGCGGGUCAAAGAGGAGAGUUCGUACAUUUUGGAAUCCAACCGAAAGGUAAAUAAGCAGGAUCGAACUGCAGACGGGCAUGCCCUCACCGAAGCGAGGAAGCAGCUAAAAGAGGAAACGCAGUUAAGACUGGAUGUGGAGAAAGAGCUUGAAAUGCAGAUCGGAAUGAGACAAGAGAUGGAGCUGGCUAUGAAGAUGCUGGAAAAGGACGUUUGCGAGAAGCAGGAUGCCCUUGUGGUACUCAGACAACAACUGGAUGAUCUCAGGGCCCUAAAACUUGAACUUUCUUUCAAGCUGCAGAGUUCAGACCUGGGAGUGAAACAGAAAAGUGAACUGAAUAGCCGCUUGGAGGAAAAGACCAGUCAAAUGGCCGCUACAAUUAAACUGCUUGAACAGAGCGAAAAAGAUUUGGUGAAACAGGCAAAAACCUUAAAUAGCGCAGCAAACAAAUUAAUUCAGAAGCCUCACUAGACAUUUUAAUUUUUGCAGCCGAUCACAUCGCAACUCUGACAUCCGAGCUCCCUUACGAGCGAAGAGCAAAAACAAAAAUUGAGAAUUUAGAUGUCAGAAUUACAUGUUGUCACAAAAGUUGAAAAGUGGAAUUUGAUGGGACUUUUUUUUUUUUAAGGUUUUAUUCGGAAAUAGAAAAAUUAACUUCUGGCUUUCCUUCCACCCCCCCCCUCCCUGUUAAUGCUUAAAAACUUUAUUAAAAUAGGAGCAAUUUGAUCAGCGAGUACUCCAGAAAGAAAAUAAGAUAAAAUCAGAUUUGUGACUAUAUACAUGCAAUUGUAUACCACACAAUUUUUUUUUUCUUUUUUAGCCUUUACAACAUGAUGUAGAAAAAUAGAGCGAUGUUCCAGCCUCACCCCAAAUGUUCAACUUCAAAGGAAGAAAUUCUUGGUUUCCCUGUUGUGAAGUAGAUGGGGGGGAAAAACAAAAAACAAAAACAGGCAGAGAAGUUUGGGACCCUGUAGGAAACCACGGUUUUUAUAGAUGUGGUUUUCUCCCCUUGGUCAUAAGCAGGACAGACAAAAACCAGGGUUAGAAGUUGCUUUUAGGAACAUUUGGCCCUUAUUAACCAAAGGCUUUUCUACCUGAGCCUUGACUCGGGAUGUUUUGUAAAUUGAAAUUGAUUAGAAAGGUUGAAGGGGGGGGGGCUGCAAAAAUAUUCCCAUUCCUAGGAAUAAAAUCCUUCCAAUUGAAGCCGGAUGAAAAUUAUUUUGAGAGAAUAGAGUCAACUCCAUCUGGACUCUCCCUUGCUUGCAUUCUUGCUCGGCUUGUAGUUGAGAACAAUUCCCCCGUCUUGCUCUCUUUUGCAAGAAUUUCCCUUUAAGGGUACCUGCCCUUCCGUUGGAAUGACCAAAAUCCUUUUGUUUUGACUGUAGCCGUGGGCGGAUGGGUAUUAAGGAAUAUGCAGAAGACACCCACCCACCCCUCCCCGAGUUCGGAUGAUGCAAAAUACACCAAUUUUCAUUGCUCAAGAGUUGUAACCAGAAUUUUUUUAGCAAUCCGAGGACGAGCUAAGAUAACCGGCCAAUGCAGGCCACUUUCAUAACAGGGGAAAUGAUUUAUUCAUCCCCUUUAGGUGACAUGGAUGCAAAAUCUAGCUGUUAGCUAUUUUUCUAAUUGGUCACCCCAUCUUUUCCUUUGCAUUGACUUCUACCUCUGCCUUUUCUCCCUAAAAAUAUAGUGAUUCUCAUUUCCUGGUUGACUUUUAUAAUACGUGUGUCUUCCCUUCCCUCACUCUUUUAGAAAAAAACUGAAUCAUUGUCCCUUUCAUAUAUAAAUAUAUAUAAAAAGGAUAAACAGAACUGGUAGUGUUUUAUUGUGGAUCACUCUUUGAUUAAAAGCAACUACAGCGAAAAGUUAUUUGGCCAUUGUUUAAACCUUUCUCUGGCCGCUAUUAGCUUUUGAUUCAGAGUGAUCUUGAUCAAACAAGGGGUUUGCUAGGAGUUGUACUGAAAGAGCAUCUAAGCCUUAGAAGUCUAUUAAAGCACCAUGCUGUAACUCAACAAUGUAUUUUUUUUCUUUUCCUAAUUCUGAUGAAAUCUGAGGUGAUUGUAAGCGAGUGUGUGGAGAAUUAUCAACAUUUCUCAAACUAUCCAAACUAUUUUUCCCCAUCUUUAAUAAUUGUUCUUCAACCAAGUGCCCUCCAAAUGUUUUUACAGCAUUUCUAGGAAAUACUUUGGGCUAUAUUGAUUGAGGAUUUGGGGAAGCAUAAACCUAGGACACAUCCCUAUUUAAUGGGGUGUGCGUGUGUAAAAGAUGUGUUCUUCUAAAUUCCCAUUAGCAUUAAAAUAGUUUCAUCCUAUAUAAAUCACCUUUGCUUGGUCCAGGAAAAUGGGAACAUGCAUAAAAAAAAAA